UUUUGAUUUUAAAACUAGUUCUUGCAACACAGUGUCCAGCUGGAACAGACACCUCCAUGAAGGUAAAAAGCUAUGCUUUCAGAUACAACACUUUCACAAAUAUUGAUGUUAUCAAUGGGAUCUCAUGUCCAGAUAAUUCAUGAGUCUAUCUCACAGCAAAUGGAAAAUUCGUAAGCUGGGAUAGAGUCAGCCUUUUCAAGUUUGAUUCCAGCUUCAACAUGGUUUGGGAGUUCAACCUUGAUGAUAACAUUGCUAAAAACGGAAUCGCUUUGCACUCAUCAGGGUCUAACUUGGUCUUGGUGACUCAGUCAACAGCUGAGUGUCUUCUUGUCAAGCUCGACAGUGCAACCAGAUCCAUUGUUGAGCAACUCAAAAUUGGAAGUGCUACUGAUUGAGACUCUCUAACAUUCUCUGAUGACUACUCCAGCAUCUAUGUUUCAGGCAAAGUUUCUUCGAGUCCUCAUGUGUUUAAAGUUGGAUAUGCAGACUUUGGAACUACGUCAAUUACUUCGAUCCCAGUCAGUAUGAAUUCUGUGUACUCCAUACAUUCGUAUGUGAAUUCAGGACAAGAACUCUUGAUGAUCAGUGGUGCAGUGACGAGCCCCACUCAAUCCUACAGCUUGGCAUCAAUCAACUAUGAUACAGCCACUCAACAAUGGGCCAAGAAAUUAGACUGUCCGACUGCAUGAGUGUUGACUGGAAACAAUGAUGCAUUGGUUUUGGAAUCCGACAACAAAGUAAUCAGCUAUUUCUUGAAUACAAAGCCUAUCCUUUAUGUGAGCAACCUUGCAGAUGGAGCUCUUGUGGGAUCCUACGUUCCAGAUUUCACCCAGAGCAACCUUGAAAUCAGUAGCAUCGCUUACUCAGCUUCGUUCAGCAAAGUGUUUGUGCUGAUGAAGUAUGAUUCUGGAGCAUACAAACUCGAGUAUGAUCCUGCAACUGGUUCAUUCUCGAAUGUUUAUGUGAGCACUGUAAUCAGACCAGGAUGGAUCCUUGAAGCUGGAGGCCACACUUUGAUCGGGUCUGGAGUCCAUAGUGAUGCUGAUGUCAUAGGAGUGUCUCGAUUAGCCUCCAAUGGCGAAGCUGGGAUCAAUACUGAUGUUGCGUUUGCUUCUACAUCAAAUUCAUUUGUUGCAUCAUCAGGGUAUUCUUACUCUAACGAUGCUACAUCAUUUGUUUCUGCUGCUCCUGGAGCUGUCACGAAAGCAAGCUCCAAUGUUGGAACAAACAAUUUACCAGCCACACAGAUAUCUAACACUCUGGAUUUCGAAUCUGAAGUGGUAUUUGAAACAGCAAACUAUGUGUUAAAUACGUCUGUAGGAGCCAUCGGAAAUAUUCCAAAUUUCUUUCCAUGUUCGGUUAGUGGGUUAACUUCAAUAAGUUCUGUGAUUGAUGCUCAUUCAAAUGGUCAGCCGAAGCCUUCGUGGAUCACUGUUGGGGCUGACUUGCUUUCAUUUGACUACGCUGUUCCAUCUUCUGCAGGAGGUCAGAUAUUUUAUUUUACCGGUAAGAGCACUGUUGCUGGACAGACAUAUUUACAAGAUGUUCAGAUUAAUGUGGUUAUUAACUCAAACCCUCCAGUAACAAGUUCUUCUUCAAACUGUGGAAUCUCUAAUUGUAAGACUUGAAGUUCAUCUGAAUGUACUGCUUGUGAAGAUGGUUACAUAUUGACCAGUUCACAAACCUGAGAAGUCGUAGAUGGAAGUCUCAAUUUAAAUUCUUCGCUAGUCAUUGCUGGCUUUGCAGGUGCAAUGACUACAAGCACAUUAUCAGGAGUAUUGUUUCAAUCAUCAUCUCAAAAUAUGUGGGCUAUGCUAAACCAAUACCAACUGUUUAUGGUGAUUCCAUUUUUGAGAUCUGAUCUGCCUCUCGACUUCAGAAAGACCAUCAAAGCUCUUCAGACCAGCAUCCUCAACAUAAACAUUCUGAACACAAAAAACCUCCCAGGGUUCCAGAGCAUCAUCGAUCAACUGGAUUAUGAGAACCCGUACACAGAGUUCAGAGACAACGAGUAUGAAUCAGGGAGCGCCUUCGUCAACUGAUUUGACCUGGUUGUCACUCUGGUGGGCUCGGUGAUUUUAGGGCUGUGAAUGCACCUUGUUUUAAAGCUAGUUUGAAUCCGCAAAAAUAGUGGAUUCCAAUCAAAAUUUUACAGCUAUUUCAUGUCUUUGUUUUAUUUUAAACUAUAUCUGAGGUUUUACUUGGAAAGCUUUUUGUUUGUGUGACUGGUCUGCAUGAGCGAGGUACUCAGAGCCGAUAAAAUCACUGCUAGCCCACUCUCAUAUUACCUCAGUCUCGGAAGCAUAAUAAUCCUUCUCUUAUUUAUGCUACUUGUAGUAAUUUUGUUCUACAUGUUAUUAAAGCCUCAUGAAAAUAAAUAUGUCAAGGAACUUUUUGAAGGAUUCAGAAUUAGUAAUCUUGCUCAACUCCAGAACUUCACAUUCCUUACCAGAAGAUUCCUCGUAGUUACAAUUAUUGUAAUGAUGAGGUCAGCUCCACUAAUGUCAAAGUUAUUUAUUUAUGCAUUACUUCAAUUAGCUUCGCUCAUGUUGACAGUGAUUGUCCGUCCUCACGACGAAAAGUGCUCUAACAUCAUUGAGAUUGUCAAUGAAGUUACCUACUCUUUAACGAUGGUUCUGGUAUUUUGUACCCAAAAAAUCGACUCUAUCAUACUUGAUGAACUGCUGAAUAACUCGAUUGUUUGCAACACAGUCUUGAUCGCUAUAAUAAGUGCCAUAAAUCUGGUUUACGAAUCUGUGAAGUACAUCCGUUCGAAAAGGAGAAAGAAGAGAGUGCAACCUCUCACCAGGAAAGUCACUGUGUAUAGUAGCAAGAGGUUGAAUAUUAUCCCGAGAGACCCGAAUGCCUCAAUAUCAAUGAACAAAAACGAGGGAAUGAAACAUCAGAAUGUCGACAUCACUAAAGACACCAGCAAAGAAUUUGAAGUCAGCCCUGAACGCAAGCUUCAUCCCAGAGAGGUUGCAGUUCCAUACCGCAUGUUCAAGAAAUCCAAGUUCGCUAAACCUAAGAAAAUUUCGAUGAAUGAGAAGGACAUAAUGUCUAGUCUGGACUAUCCAGGAGAGAAGAUUUUAUAAAUAUAAAGCUUAUUGAUAAUUUAGAUUUGUAA